GAGUUGAGCGUCUGGCGGAAGAGCCCGAGCGGAGGAACGUCCAGGGCUUAUUUUUCUCGCUUUUUGCGCGAUGUGACUCGUUCCGGAUCUCCUUCCUUUACUACCACAGCGCAGGAGUGAGAGAGAGUAUAGGAUACCAUGGCAGGAAGAGGAGGCUUGAUGACGUCUGGAGGAGGGGGCUCUGGCUCAGCAGGAGACCCAAGCAACCAGCCCAUGGACCUGGCACAGAAGACAGUCGCCAGGUCACUAGAGUCGGGAGGCAUAGUCAAGAGCGGAGGAACCACGCUCGUCCACUACACAACGGGGGUUCAGCAGAUUCUCACCACAAGUGGAACAACUGCACAUGUGGUCACUGCCAAACCUAUUGGCAGGACAGAGAGCAUGGGUGUGGCAGGUCAGACCGUGACUCUUGUGUCGCGUCCUUCUGCCCCUCCAUCAGCUCUCAACCUAGCAUCACAGGGCCCAGGAGGAGGCAGUGGUGGUCCUUCACUGAGGACUGUGUCGCAUGCCCCGGGGGGAACCACCACCAGCACAGUGGUAACUUCAGCGUCCACCUACCACAUCCCACGUGGGGCGGCUGCUGUGGCCAACAUCGCUGCCCCAAGGUCCCAGACGGUGGCUACGCCCAUCAUGAGGACCAGUGCACAACCUAUUGGCCAACCAGGCUCUAAUGUCCCUGGGCCGAGAGGAAGUGUGGUAGGUCAGCGAUUGGUACCGGCUUCAACGAAUGGAGGCUGGAUUCGAAACACACCUUCCCCAGCACACACGGGCAAGGUCACAGGACUGUCCAUGCACCCUGGGGUCACCGCACCCAAUGUCAGUCUGGGUGUCCAGAGGCCAUCAAUGCCAAUGCCUCGUCUAGGACCGGGUGGCGGGGCUAUAACGACAUACCACACAGGAGUUCGGCCGGGCAUUGUCUCCAGUGGCUCUAUCAGAGGGCCGGGCACUGCCACCAUGCGAGGGAUGGUGACGUCGGAGGGCGCAAAGGGCACGGGGCCCAAGGCGGUGCACAUCACACAGCCCAUUGGACCACAGAAAUAUGGGGGCAUGGGUGGCGUGAUGAGUGGCAGUGGGCGCAGUGUGGUGGCCUCUGGGGGUGGUGCAGGGGGAGGGUCCUCCUCAGGUACCAUCUAUAGCCCUGGCAACCCCAUGGUAACCACAAUGUCUGGGCCAGGAGUGAACCCACAGACCACCAUCAGAACACAGGCUCCCCCAGCCAUUGCAGUCAGAAUCACAACAGCACCAGUGUCUACAGCGACAUCAUCUUCACAGGUGACCUCCCAGGCUGGCACAAGUAUUGGUGCCAUUUCCAUGACAUCCCCCUCUGGAUCAUCCCCCGGUGCCAUCCUGACACACCAGUCACCCUUGCACAGGACACAGCAGGACCAGGUUCCUCUCAAGACCCCAAUUGUUCGGACUCCUGUGGCUUCACACCAGAGCAAGGGCGGGGUGCAGGCACAGACUCUAACCUUUUCCGAGGGGCCGAAGGUGAUCACACAGCCUGCACAGGGCCCACCUCUGGCUCUUGCACAGAUCUCAGGCUUGGCAGGGGUUACUACCCAAAAGGCCCAGGUCAACACUCAUACUGUGUCACAGCAGCACACUCCUAGUGUCCAGCACAGACCCGGUGGCAGCGUGAUGGGCAGCAGUGUAGGGCGAGUGAUGGGGGGGACAGGAAUCCCGGUGGCCAAGGUCCUGCCCCAGCAAGCAACAACCCCAAACCAGGGGUCUGCAUCUGUUGCUGGCCCCCCCAGGGGAUCCCAUGGGCAGGUGCGCGCUCAGUCCCCUGGCCAGGCAGCUGACCCGCAGGCUCCCCACACCAAUGUGUUCCUACAGAGACCUCAUGCAGGGGUGACAGUGACAAGUGGCACACCCUCAGGUCAGGCAGAAAGGGUUGUAACAACAGUUCCCCAGUACAGCAUUGCACCACCCUACUACUAUGAACAAGGACAAAACACUUACCAGGUUGGUGGCCCCACUCUUGUGCCGCACACCCUGAGCUCCACCCACUACGUCCCAACCAACGUCCAGAGUGGCUCCCUCAGAGUGACCGGGGGAGGACCCAAUGCCAGCACAGGUGCAGCUCCAGGCCAUGGAGGGGGCCCAGGUCAGAUUGUUGAGGGUCCAGGGGGACAAGCACCUGCCCCCCUGCCAGCCAUGAAGCCUGGCGCCUCCCCAAGGCCUUCCAUCCUACGCAAGCGGCCUGAUAGCGAUGGGACACCCCUCAAAGCCGCCAAGAAUCUCACGGCUGCUCUGUGCCUCCCCAUGCCCUCACCACCCUCCCCCAAACGCCCAGACUCCAGAGGGAAUGGGAAUGCAUCGUCAGGCUCGACAACCAUCUCAGCCAAUUCCUCUCCUGGGCUGCAAAUCGAGGAGCUGGAUGGCAGCAGUGGAGGCGCCGCCACCGGGAACAGCGCCGAGUUGCGGACACCCCCCAGCAUCAAGCAGGAGCCCCCCGAGGAUGCCACUGUGGUCCUCCCCCGCCAGCCUGUGCUCUGCUCCAUGAGCGAGACUUCGGCCGGCCUCACCACCGGCAUUGUCACCACCACACUCAACGUGCCGCAGCCCCACCUCUCUGUCACAGGCAUGCACGGGGCCUCGCAGGCGUUGGCUGACGGCCUCUCUCCUAGGAAGAAGCCCAGAAAGCAGCAGCUGUGA